UCUCCUGCGGCAUUUCUCCGUCCCUUUCUCUCAUCCUACUCCAAGCACCGGAGAAAGAAAGGAGAAAGAUGACAGACCUGCAAAAAUCGAACUCUGCAGAAAACCUCCCUCCUACUGAGGGAUCUACAGCCGGGAGGAAGCCGCCCCAAUUCCCAAAUCCACCAGAGACGACGAUCAAACCGCCCCAAUUCCCAAAUCCACCAGAGAGGACGAUUAAACCGCCCCAAUUCCCAAAUCCACCAGAGACGGCAAUCCCAGACGCAGCAACGCUGAGGGAGCAGUGGCGUUUUGCGAUCCGGCAGUACAGCAAAUGGUACUCCCACGCCUGGGGGACUGCCAUCCUCGCCGGCGCUUCCUUCUUCGCCCUUGGUUGGAUCAUCAAGGGCUCUAACCCUCUCCCCUCCUUCCAAAAACCGGGCCAUGAAGAUGGUCCCACCGACAAGAACCCUUCCUCUGAUAAUCCAACCACCAGUUGAUGAUGUCCGUACCGAUGAUGAGGGUUUUGGGUUUGGUAAAAAAAGGAUUUAGGGUUAGGGUUAGUUUCCUUUUUAUUUUCUUUUGGUAUUGUAUGAAUUUGUAUAAUUUUCCGAAAUGGAUGAUAAAUUGAGAUGUUUGUGCA